AUGCCAAAACCAAUUCCACCUCAUUUAAAUCCAAUACGAUUGAAAACCAAUCUUAAAAUGUCAAUAUCAAAAUUAAAAUUUAUUCAAGAUAAAAAAAUUGCAAUAACAAAACAACAAAGAAGACAAUUAGCAGAAUUAUUAAAACAACAAAAAGAAUCAUCUGCCAAAAUAAGAGUUGAAAAUAUUAUUCGAGAUGAUAUAUAUAUUGAACUUUUGGAAAUUUUAGAAUUAUAUUGUGAAUUAUUAUUAGCAAGAAUUAAUUUAAUCUUGGAUAAGCCCAUAAUUGAUAAAUCUUUAUUUGAAUCAAUUAGUUCUAUAAUUUAUUCAGCUCAGUCUACAGAAUUAAAAGAAUUAACUUUAAUCAAAGAUAUUCUUGUACUAAAAUUCAAUAAUACCACGGAACCUAUAAAUAAAGAAUUUUUUGAAAAUUUAAAUAAUUAUGUUCCAGAUAAAAUUAAAAGAAAAUGUGAAAUUGAUCCUCCAAGUGAUGAAUUAGUUAAUUGUUAUUUAAUUGAAAUUGCUUUAGCUUAUAAUGUUCCUUAUUCAGGAUUAAAAAAUAUAAAAUUAGAUGAUGACGAGGAAAAUGGAAAUGAUAUCACCAAAAAAGAUGAUGAUAAUAAUAGUGAUGAUGGUGAAGGAGGAAAUGGUACUAAGGAAAAAAUUAAAGAUAUUGAAUCCCCGCUAGCGGAAUUAGCUGAUAAACCUAGUGUUUCUAAUAGUACAAAAUCUAAGGUUGAACAACCAAUUAAGCAACAAAAUGAUUUUGAUGCAUUAGCUGCAAGAUUUGCUGCUUUGAAGAAAACACCAAAAUAA